GAGAGCGAGAGCGACGGAACACAUGCGACUUGCCUCAUCUUCUUAAAAACAUAAACUCACAGCUUGAUAGGAAAGUUGUUCAUGUGAGACGGACAGACAGUUUAAAAUUCGGGUCUUUCUCUUCCUUAGGCGCUCAGGACCGAUGCGACUGUAAUGUAAUUUAUCUAUUUACAGUAACUUUUUUUCGCCUUGUAAAGGAGAUUUAUUUGCUCUUUUUACUAAAAUAUAGGCUAUGUAUAUGACUUUUCAAAUGUAAAGAAACUCCAAAGAAAAGAAAAAGACCAAACGUUUGUACCCGAAAGACCCACACAGACACUUCGCGUGAGCAUGUGUGUGACAAAACUGUCAAAAACUGCACGCGCCUCCAAACGCCGACAGUCCGCAUAGUAUACAGACAGUGGGGACAUAGUUUUUCAAUUUAUUAAUCCUGUUAUCAAGUCAGCAAUUGAGAAAUCUCGACGAAAAGAGCGGAGAUGACGGCCACGCCCCCCUCCUCCAGAAGCUCCUCCCCCCAGAAGGUGUGCCACUCGCAGACGCAGACGGAGGUGCUGAAGCCCCUGCUGGGCGGGGCCGGGGCGGGCGGGGCCGGGACGGGCGGGGCCGCCGCCCUGCGGAGGAGGCGACGCGUGCUCUCCAAAGACGGGCGGAGCAACGUGCGCAUCGACCACGUCAGCGGCCGCGGCGCCCUCUACCUGCGCGACCUCUGGACGACCUUCCUGGACAUGCAGUGGCGCUACAAGCUCUUCCUCUUCUCCGCCACCUUCGCCGGCACCUGGUUCCUGUUCGGCCUGCUGUGGUACCUGGUGGCCCUCGUGCACGGAGACCUGCUGGAGAUGGACCCUCCCUCCAACCACACGCCCUGCGUGAUGCAGGUCCAGACCCUGACCGGUGCCUUUCUCUUCUCCCUGGAGUCGCAGACCACCAUUGGCUACGGCUUCCGCUGCAUCACCGAGGAGUGCCCGAUCGCCAUCCUCCUCCUCAUCCUGCAGCUCGUCAUCACCAUGGUGAUGGAGAUCUUCAUCACUGGCACCUUUCUCGCCAAGGUGGCUCGUCCUAAGAAGCGCGGCGAGACGGUGAAAUUCAGCCAGCACGCCGUGGUGACCAGUCACGAGGGCCGGCCCUGUCUCAUGGUCCGUGUUGCCAACAUGCGCAAGAGCCUCCUAUUGGGCUGCCAGGUGACGGGGAAGCUGCUGCAGACGUCUCAGACUCAGGAGGGGGAGACGGUGCGUCUGGACCAGAGGAACGUGCCCUUCCAGGUGGACACGUCCAGCGACAGCCCCUUCCUCAUCCUGCCGCUCACCUUCUACCACGUCAUCGACGACACCAGCCCGCUGCGCGCCUGGGCCGCCAAGGGCGGGGGAUGGACAGAUCCAGAGCUGGCCGACUUUGAGCUGCUGGUGAUCCUGAGCGCCACAGUGGAGCCCACCUCUGCUACCUGCCAGGUGCGCACUUCCUACCUGCCGGACGAGAUCCUGUGGGGCUACGAGUUCCCCCCGGUGGUCUCUCUCUCCCCGUCCGGGAAGUACGUGGCCGACUUCUCCUUCUUCGACAAGGUGGCCAAGACAAAGACCCUGCCCCUCUUCAAGCAGGCUCCGCCCUCCAGUCCCCCCCUGCAGCGUUACCCUGGCACCAGAGGGGGGGCGGUGGAAGGGGCGGAUCCGGAGAAGCUACGUUUGGAGCAGAGCUACCGAGAGGAGAGGGGGAGGCUGAGAGACAGCAGUCCUCUGAGUGUCCGAAUCAGCAACGUGUAGGGAGAGACAGAGAGAGAGAGAGAGAGAGAGAGAGAGAGGGGGAAGAGAACGAGGGAAGAGAGAGAGAGAUUUUACAGAGGGUGGCAACACUGUUGAGCUCAUCGGUAAACACGAAUACAAGCACAUUCUCUUGCUCCCCCCCCCCCACUCACACACACAAUUGUUCACUAACACAGCACACACUCACUCACUCACACACACACAUGCACGCACACACACAAUCACUCAAUACACAGUUUCAUUCAUCUUAAGCGGUUAAAUACACUGGAGUUGAUUCUGGAUCCCUCUGGUGGCAGUGAAGGUGUACUACAGCAACGCUGUAGCCUCCUCGACCCUGUGGGAGGCUUUGUUGAAACUCUGCUGGGAACUUCCGUGAAACUGAUUACCGUGACAACCAUGCUCAAGAAACUUUGGUGUCUGCAUGAUUAAGGACGUGGUUCCCCAAAGCACAGGUGGAAAUGGUCCCUGAAACAUAGACAUCUUCAUAGAUUAAUCAUUAGUAAGUCCCUAGACAAACUGCUUUCACAAUGACUGGAAGAUUUCAAAGUGAAAUGUAUAUUUUUGGAGGUGCUUGCGAGAGUGAAUUUUUAUACACGUAUAUGUCUAACCAUGGCAGCACUUACGUCUGUGGAGGUGUAUGUUUAGCACUGAAUUAGUCCUGUGUGAUAUUUUUAAACAAAACUAAAAGCACUUUAAUACCCCGCAAAAGGUCUUAACUGUUAGCAUUGAUGUGGCUUCCCCUUCUGUGUCAUCUGCUGCCUGUCUGUGUUGAGGUUUUAAAGCGACUGUUUGUUUGUGUGUAUGUGUGUGCCUUGCUUAUGCAUUCACAUAUGCAAGGGCCUCAUCCUCCCACCGCCACUCUGAUACCGGAGAAGGUCGCCAUCUUGUGGCCACAGCUGGUACGGUCCGUUUUCAGUCCCAUUUGUGUGCCCCUGAUAUCGAUGUAAAGCCCCCUGCUAAUUUGCGGGCACACUGUCCAGUGAACUCUGCGCAGUCACUCUGCAGUCCCCCAGCCGAGCUGCGCAGUGACUUAGCUCCAAGCAGGGGGCAAAUUACAAGGGGAUUUGGGGGAAGUGGAGGGCG